AUGUUUAACGAAGGUUUAUCAUCCACUGGCGCCGUCCCUACUUCGGCAAAUGCCAAUUCCACUGGUUGUCCGGAACCGAUUGCUAAUAAGUAUACCAAGGGAGUCAAAGGGGUGGCGUACAUUUUGGUGAUCCUCCUUUCGCUGUUUGGCAACAUUAUGGUGGUACGUGUGGUUCACAAAAACCGACGAAUGCGAACGAUAACCAACUUCCUUAUCAUUAACAUGGCCCUGGCGGAUCUACUGACCACAGUGUUCAACAUGUUACCAACUUUGUACUGGAUUUUCAGCGGCUUUGAUGUGUGGGCUAUCGGAGGAUGGAUAGGUGAUGUCCUUUGCAAGCUGCUGAGCUUCGUGCAAUCCCUCUCAAUAACAGUCUCUGUUUUCACGCUCUGUGCGAUCGCGUUCGAUCGCUUUUUCGCCAUUUUCAGACCACUGAAACGCGUCAUCACAUUUCGGGUCGCUAAAUUCAUCAUUGGGGCGUCGUGGGUAUCGGCGAUUAUCGUCUCAGGUCCUCCGCUUUACACUUUGAAGACCACUGGUGAGAAAGGCUUUGCCCGCUGUAACGAAAAGUGGGAACCGCCUUUCAACGAGGCAACCGCUUCACGCGAUUACACGAUCGCACUAUUUGUUUUGCUCUACGCUCUUCCUCUGACCGUCAUCGCUUCUCUUUACACGGUUAUCAUGUUAAAGUUGUGGCGUAGAAAAGCACCGGGUCAAGAGCUUACUUCCAACCAGGAAAACAAAGAAAAAACCAACAGAAAAGUCUUGAAAAUGCUGGUAACGGUGGUGAUCGUGUUCGCUUUAUCGUGGCUGCCGUUAUACGUGCGAAUGUUCGUGAUGUUCGCUGAGUCUGAUCGCUAUGCCUGCGGCUUACCCUACGACAUGGAUUUCCUCACACUCUUUCUCGGACACGCAAAUUCCGCUGUUAAUCCUUAUAUUUACGUGAUUUUCAAUGAGAAUUACAGAAGAGGCUUUCGAUCUGUGCUUUCUAGACGAGACAGAGGAAGCCAAAGUUCGUCAAGCUCGACUAGGAGAACCAGGGCAAGUCGGCUGCAAGAAAAAGAAGCAAUUCUCGUGCGCGCAGAUUCGCGCGAAAAUAGAAUGGACGAACGGCGUAGUGAUAAGAAAAACCUAGAAAAGCUCUUGCCCGCAACCACAACGACAGAAAAUCUUUAA